AUGUCGCUCGCACGACACGUCGACGCUGAUAAGCUGAUAGCUGAAGCGCGGGACCACCGGAUCCACAAGCACACCGGGAAGCGGUCGGACUUGCACGGCAUACCCUAUGCCUCCCGCUAUGAGAUCGAUCAGGAGCUCCCGAGGUUCAAGAUGCCUGAUUCGGGGGUAGACCCGAAGGCUGCUUAUCAGCUUUUGCACGAUGAGCUGCUUCUCGACGGUAACCCCAACAUGAACCUUGCAUCCUUUGUCCACACAUGGGUCCCGGAUGAGUGCCAGAAGCUCAUGGAGGAGAACCUCAACAAGAAUUUGGUUGACCAGGACGAGUACCCUGCCGCACAGCAGAUUCAUGAGCGCUGCGUCUCCAUGAUCGCCAACCUUUGGCACGCGCCCGGCGACUCAUCCGCAGCCAUCGGAACAGCCACCACCGGCUCAUCUGAAGCCAUCAUGCUCGGCGGUCUCUCCCUCAAGCGGAGAUGGCAGGAGAAGAUGAAGGCUGCCGGCAAAGACAUCCACCACCCCGGUCCGAACAUCGUGAUGGGCGCAGAGGCCCAGGUCGCGCUCGAGAAGUUUGCGAGGUACUUUGAGGUCGAGUGCAGGCUGGUCCCUGUUACUCCCGAAAGUAACUUCGUUAUGGACGCCAAGGACGCGAUGAAAUUCGUGGAUGAGAAUACUAUCGGUGUCUUUGUCAUCCUUGGCUCGACUUACACCGGUGUCUUUGAGUCGGUCACCGAGAUGUCGGCCGAGCUCGACAGAUACGAGGAGAAGACGGGCAUCCAUAUUCCCAUCCACGUAGAUGCUGCUUCCGGCGGAUUCGUCGCGCCGUUUGCGUAUCCGGAGUACAAGUGGGACUUUAAGCUCCCGCGUGUGCAAAGUAUCAAUGCCUCUGGCCACAAGUACGGGAUGAGUGCCGUCGGUGUCGGAUGGAUCAUCUGGCGCAGCCCUGAGUUCCUGCCCCAGGACCUCAUCUUUGAGCUGCACUACCUCGGCCAGACCGACUACUCGUACAACCUGAACUUCUCGCGCCCUGCGCACCCCAUCCUUGCCCAGAUGUUCAACUUCAUCAACCUCGGCUUUUCGGGCUAUCGCCGUAUCAUGCUCAACAACCUGUCCAAAGCGCGACUCGUCUCCCACGCUCUCGAGAACUCGGGCUACUACUCGAUCCUCUCCAAUGUACACCGCGCCAAGCCCACCCCACCCCUCUCGGAGAUGGCGGGGCAGGUCAUCAAAGGCCAUAACCCGCUGGACGAGGAGGACGCGGCAUUCUACAACGAGGGACUCCCCGUCGUCUCCUUCCGAUUCACAGACGAGAUCAAGGCGCAGUACCCAGAAGUCAAGCAGGCAUGGGUGCAGGAGCAGCUUCGCGCUAUUGGCUGGAUCGUCCCCAACUACCCCCUCCCGCCCGCUGCGGAGAAUAUCGAGAUCCUCCGAGUCGUUAUCCGCGAAUCCCUCUCGGGCGACUUGGUCCGGAAACUCAUCACCGACAUUCUGCAAGUGACCGAGACGCUUCUCGAGUCGGGCGGACCCAGUUUGAGCAUGAUGAUGGCUGCCAAGACAGCGAACCAGGAUAAGAAGUCGGAUGAGAAGCACGGGGAUCUGGCGAGGGGGGAUAUCAAGGAGAAUACCUCGACCUGGGCCAAGCCUUGUUAG